GCGGUCAAAAUGAAUAGCAGCAGGUAAAGGCGUGGCCAACGGCAAUUUGCAGAACUUACCUGAGAAGAGCGAGAUUAAAGGACGCUGCUGGCGGCGUCCGUUUUAAUCUACAUUUAAGAAAACACAAUGGUGGAACAAACCAGACGUCCGAACCGUGGUGUGACCCUCCAGGCUGGACCUGGAGAGGUGGUGGAUGUGACCCUCAGGAGCCGUGACAGGGCUGUGAGGGUCGUUGGUAGACAGUUGGCUCUAAUCGGAGAUCAUCUGGACCAGGAGUGGGCCAGGAGGGAUCCAAACUGGCCGCCAAGUCCUCUGUACCUGCUGAGACCUGCCCAGACUCUGGCACGCAUCAUCUACAGGGAUCUCCAGAGCCAGUUAUGGGGUUUCCAGGGUCUGUUGGCUCCGGUAAAGGCCUGGAUUGUCAGCGCUACACCUGGGCAGAACCUAAGACUAGAUAUGGUGGCAGCCUGGGUGUCCAGUUUGAAAGCAGUGACCUGCCCUGGCUGGACCAGAGGAGCAGUCAUAGCUGUGGCUCUGUUGGCUGCAGCAAGCAUUUUUGGAGCACUGUGGAAGGAGUAGAGAGCCUAAGAAGAGGCCAGGAUGAAGCGUGAAGAUGUUUGACAAAAAGAAAAAAAAAAUGUUUUUAGAGAAGUGAAAAUUAAUGCUGAUUUGUGUUUCUGCUGUUUACUUUAACCUUUCGUUUUAUAUCCUUUCUAUGAGCUGUAUUGACGGUGACAGCAUAGACGGCAAACUCUUUAGAAUAAAACUAAAAAUAUGUAUUUAAAUUUUUCAAAGCAGCUCGAUUGGUUUGGAUUUUUUUGUAAAGGGGUUUUGCUGAAAAGUUUGGCAGAACAUUGUAGCACUAAAAAACUGACUGGACUGUUUCUGGCCUGCAGUUUUUUGCAGUUUCUUACUGGUUAAAGAGGCCAAACUUUUUACAAAAGAUGUAGCUUUGCUUGCGAUUUAAUGACGGGAGCUGGACUUUCUGUUGCAGAUAAAAAAAAAAAAAA